CCGUAAGCGUCUUCAAAACCCGAAGCCUAAAGCCCUAUUAUUAUGACCAUUAUUAUAUAUCAUCAUCCUGUUGAAGUUUGAAACUCAGUGGCUGCUAUUUCCACUGCAACCAACUUGCUCCUCCGACCGACCUCAAGAUGGAGGAAAUGGAUCGUACUCGCGCUUUUGUUAAGGAUGUCAAGCGUCUGGUUAUCAAGGUUGGGACUGCUGUUGUAACUGGAAAUGAUGGAAGAUUAGCUCUUGGAAGACUGGGUUCACUGUGUGAGCAGGUUAAAGAUUUGAACACUCAAGGAUAUGAGGUUGUUUUGGUGACUUCAGGUGCUGUUGGGCUUGGUCGCCAAAGGCUUAGAUACAGGAAAUUAGUGAACAGCAGCUUUGCAGAUCUUCAAAAACCACAAGUACAACUUGAUGGGAAGGCAUGUGCAGCUGUUGGGCAAAAUAGUCUCAUGGCUUUGUAUGAUUCAUUGUUUAGUCAGCUGGACAUGUCAUCAGCUCAACUACUAGUGACAGAUAGUGAUUUCAGGGAUAAAGGUUUCAGGAGACAACUGAGUGAAACGGUCAUGUCAUUGUUAUCAUUGAGGGUCAUUCCAAUAUUUAAUGAAAAUGAUGCAAUCAGCACAAGGAAAGCUCCGUAUGAGGAUUCAUCUGGUAUAUUUUGGGACAAUGACAGUUUAGCAGCGCUGCUAGCAUUAGAGUUACAAGCCGAUCUUCUUGUUUUAUUAAGUGAUGUAGAAGGUCUAUAUAGUGGUCCUCCGAGUGACCCACAAUCGAAGCUAAUCCAUACAUAUGUUAAAGAAAAGCAUCUGGGUGAAAUCACUUUUGGAGACAAGUCAAGGGUGGGAAGAGGGGCUGAGAAUAUUAUAAAAGUCCUCCAAGGAAAACGUAUCGGUACCCUUUUUCAUCAAGAUGCACAUUUGUGGGAGUCACUUAAAGACGUAGGUGCACGUGAAAUGGCAGUUGCUGCAAGAGAAAGUUCCAGGCAGCUUCAGGCAAUGUCUUCAGAAGAAAGAAAAAAGGUUUUACUUGAUGUAGCUGAUGCCCUUGAAGCAAAUGAAAAAUUGAUCACUGCAGAGAAUGACGCUGAUGUAGCUGCUGCAGAACAAGCAGGGUAUGAAAAAUCCUUGAUAUCUCGGCUGGUUUUGAACCCCAGGAAGAUUUCCAGCCUUGCAAAGUCAAUUCGUAUGCUUGCAAACAUGGAAGAUCCAAUUGGGCGCAUUUUGAAGAGAACCCAGAUUGCAGAUGGGCUUAUCUUAGAGAAAACAUCAUGUCCUUUGGGUGUUCUUCUUAUUGUUUUUGAGUCUCGACCUGAUGCACUGGUACAGAUUGCCUCAUUAGCAAUCCAAAGUGGGAAUGGGCUUCUCUUGAAAGGGGGAAAGGAAGCAAAACGAUCAAAUGCCAUUUUGCAUAAGGUUAUAACUGAAGCUCUUCCGGAGGGUGUUGGGAGGAAACUUAUUGGGCUUGUGACUUCAAGAGAUGAGAUUCCUGAUCUUUUGAAUCUUGAUGAUGUCAUUGAUCUGGUGAUCCCAAGAGGAAGCAACAAACUUGUUUCUCAAAUCAAGAGUUCAACAAAGAUUCCUGUUCUUGGUCAUGCUGAUGGAAUUUGCCAUGUGUAUGUCGAUAAAUCUGCUGAUAUAAAUAUGGCAAAACGGAUUGUUUUGGAUGCAAAAGUUGAUUACCCAGCUGCUUGUAAUGCAAUGGAAACACUACUUGUGCAUAAGGAUUUGGUGCAGACUGGUGGGCUCAAUGACCUUAUUGUUGAUCUUCGUCUUGAAGGUGUUACUUUAUAUGGUGGACGUAGGGCAAGUGCUGAGUUGAAUAUCCCAGAGACACAUUCAUUUCAUCACGAAUACAAUUCAACUGCCUGCACUGUUGAAAUAGUAGAUGAUGUUCAAGCAGCCAUUGAUCACAUCCAUGAACAUGGAAGUGCGCAUACGGAUUGCAUCAUAACGGAAGACCAUGAAGUUGCUGAAGUAUUUCUGCGUCAAGUUGACAGUGCUGCUGUUUUCCAUAAUGCAAGCACAAGAUUUUGUGAUGGGGCACGAUUUGGACUGGGUGCGGAGGUUGGGAUAAGCACCAGUAGGAUACAUGCCCGUGGUCCAGUUGGAGUUGAAGGAUUGUUAACGACGAGAUGGAUUCUUAGAGGAAGUGGACAGGUAGUGGAUGGUGACAAAGGGAUCGUUUACACCCACAAAAACAUACCAGUAGACUCUUAAAUCUGUAUCAGAAAAUUCAGAAAAUAAAGUAGAAAAUGUUGAUGGAGAUUACCACCAUAAGUUGAUAAACAACUCGGACAUAUGCCUUCCGGGUCCUGUAUAAGAAAGUAGAAAUAAUUUGUUUCGAUGUCUGAGACUGGGUUAUAGCCCCUUACUGUUUUAUUUAUUUUUUCUACAAGGUAUCUCGACCUCAUUGUUGUUGCUGAUAAAAUAAGUUGUGCCUGGGCAUCAUGUUAAAUUUCUUGAGCUUCUUCCAUUUCUUAUUCUGUCAAGCCAUGCAAUGUGGUAUUGAAUGUU